AUGUUCUGCAGCGAAUUGGCAAGCGGCGCGGCGUGCCCGGGGCUCCUCGGCCGGCGGGGACGCCCGCUGCGUGUGCUGGGAUUCUGCGUGAGGCUGGAGAUCAUCGUCAACAUGCAGACCAUCCACGGCCACAAGGGGCCCAUCACGGCGGUGGCGUUCGCGCCCGACGGCCGCUACCUGGCCACGUACUGCAACCAGGACAGCCACCUCUCCUUCUGGCAGCCGAACCUCCCCGCUCCUGCCCUCCCGUUAGUGCCCGUGAACAGGUCCCAGUUCGCCCUGAAGUUCCUGGACCCCUCGUUCGUGCCCAUCACGAACUCCCUGAGCCACGAGCUGCAGGAGAAGCCUGCCAAGUGGACCUUCAACAGGACGGCGUUCGCCCAUCAGAGGCAAGAAAUUCUUCAGCAUGUUGACGUAAUAAAAAAUUUUUCUCUGACAAAGAACAGUGUUCGGAUCGGACAGUUAAUGCACUAUGAUUAUUCCAGCCAUAAGUAUGUUUUUUCUAUUAGUAAUAACUUCAGAUCGCUGCUUCCAGAUGUGUCGCCCAUCAUGAACAAGCAUUACAACAUUUGCGCUGUGGUUGGGAAUAGUGGAAUCCUAACUGGGAGCCAGUGCGGACAAGAAAUAGAUAAAUCUGAUUUUGUUUUUCGUUGCAAUUUUGCUCCAACUGAGGCUUUCCAAAGAGAUGUUGGAAGGAAAACCAAUCUCACCACCUUCAACCCCAGCAUCCUGGAGAAGUAUUACAACAAUCUUUUGACCAUUCAGGAUCGCAACAACUUUUUCUUAAGUUUAAAAAAGCUCGAUGGGGCCAUUCUUUGGAUCCCCGCUUUUUUCUUCCACACGUCAGCAACAGUCACAAGAACGCUGGUUGACUUCUUUGUUGAGCAUAGAGGGCAGUUAAAGGUCCAGCUGGCUUGGCCAGGAAAUAUAAUGCAACAUGUUAACAGAUACUGGAAAAACAAGCAUUUGUCACCCAAGCGGCUGAGCACAGGUAUUCUCAUGUACACCCUCGCUUCUGCAAUAUGCGAGGAGAUCCACCUAUACGGAUUCUGGCCCUUCGGCUUCGAUCCCAACACCAGGGAAGACCUCCCGUACCACUACUACGACAAGAAGGGAACCAAGUUCACCACCAAGUGGCAGGAGUCCCACCAGCUGCCCGCGGAGUUCCAGCUGCUCUACAGGAUGCACGGUGAAGGACUGGCCAAACUCACCUUGUCGCAUUGUGCCUAAGAACCUAAAGCUCCAAGUGCCAAACCAUUGUCUAAAAAGUGCCCAAAACAGAAUUAAACGUUCUUCAGAUAGAAUCCUUAAAAAAAAA